UCAGUUGCCGCUGGGGGCCGGUGGUUUUGACAUCUCGUGCGUAAGUGGAUCCAAAGUCAAGACCAUUUCGAGCCGGACUCUCCUCUAAUCAGCCGUCCGUUCGUGACGAAGGCAGUCAGGUUAUCGCCGGGUCCAACUAAUAUGGUGAAUCGAUUCAGUCGAAAAUAAUAUACGUGGACGACGGGCAAACGCUGAUUAUUCGAAUAUAAGUCGGGAAGUGUCGAAUUUCUCGCGCGCACAGAAGGUUUCUUUGUUGGUGCCAAUCGAAAACGGUCAUCAGUCAACAAUUGUGCCUCGCACCGAUCGCAUCCACAGAGCUAAACCCUAUAAUCAUUAUACACAAAAUAUUUACAUACUGUUAAACAGUAAAAUGGGUGAAAUGUCAGCAAGUUUGCUAAUAGUUUUGCUAAGUGUGUGUCUACUGCAAUCGGGAAUCGCCGAGGGACUAACGUUAACGCUGGGAAACAUCACCCUCUUCAAUGUGAACUUUAAAACACCCACGUUUCUGGGUCGCUCAAUUGCAGUGGACAGCAAUUUGCGGAUUGAACACGACGAGGAUCCCAAUAUUGAGGAAGACUCGCAUUUAAACACGUACAAUCUCAUUAAAAAGUACGGCUACCCGGCGGAGAAUCAUACAGUGGAGACUGAAGAUGGAUAUAUACUCACUCUGCACAGGAUCGCUCGUCCUGGAGCAACUCCAGUCCUGUUGGUCCAUGGACUGCUGGAUAGUUCCGCCACUUGGGUGAUGAUGGGACCCAACAAGGGACUUGGUUACCUGCUGUACGAACAGGGCUACGAUGUCUGGAUGGCCAAUGUCCGGGGAAACACGUACUCUAGAAAGCACGUUAAAUAUAGCACACACCAUGCCAAGUUCUGGGAUUUCACGUUCCACGAGAUGGGAAAAUACGAUAUUCCCAGCACGAUCGACUAUAUUCUCAACUUCACUGCUGUCAGUCAGCUGCACUACAUUGGCCACUCUCAGGGAACCGUGGUCUUCUGGAUUAUGGCCAGUGAGCAUCCGGAAUACAUGGACAAGAUCAUCCUGAUGCAGGGAUUGGCGCCAGUGGCCUAUCUAAAGCACUGCCGGAGUCCAGUGGUCAACUUCCUGGCCGAUUGGCAUCUGUCGGUGAGCUUGGUCCUCAAGUUGAUUGGCGUCCACGAGUUCCUGCCCAAAAACGAGUUCAUCAGCAUGUUCAAUCGCAUUAUUUGCGACGAGACAACCAUCACGAAGGAGAUCUGUUCGAAUGUGAUCUUCCUGACCACCGGAUUCGACAAACUGCAGCUGAACGAGACGAUGCUUCCGGUGAUCGUGGGACAUUCCCCGGCUGGAGCUGCCACCAAGCAAAUGCAGCACUUCGGACAGCUCAAGAGAUCGGGAUCUUUCCGGCAAUACGACUACGGAUGGCUGAGGAACCACUGGCGUUACGGAACCAUCGAGCCACCAUCUUACCACCUGAAAAAUGUCAAGGCCAAGGUGGCCCUGUAUUAUGGCCAAAAUGAUUGGCUUGCCCCGCCAGAAGAUGUGGAAAUGCUGCACAGGGAACUGCCAAAUGUGGUGGAAAAAUAUCUGGUGAAAGACAAGGAGUUCAACCACUUAGAUUUCAUCUGGGGUAUCGAUGCCAGGGAAUUGCUGUGGGAUCGAAUGUUGGAAAACAUGAUAAAUUACGAGAAUUCAGUUAUUUAGUUCGGUAUCAUAUUUUUAAUGUAAUUAUUGACAGUAUAUUAUGCGUUAGUACCAUUUGUAGAUAGGUAUUUAUUAAUUGGUAGCAAUAAGUAAUUUUCAAGCUAAGAAAGUCAAUAAAAAUAUUCAAUACAACAAAAAAUUAACAAAAAUGAGUAACAAAGGCUGCCAGGCCUUACAAUAAAUAUUUCUAAAAAAUUAUUAAUAUGUAGGUAGGUAUAUAUAAAAAAAAAAAAAAAUUGAAAAUGUAUGCUGCUAAUAUAUAAUAAAAGAUUUACGAAAUGUGAUCCUUCAUAAUAGAAUUGAUUAAAUAAAAUUAUAAUAAAAAAUGUU